CUCUGCUUACAAGGACAAGGCUGACAUGGAGGAGCUGACAGAGAACGCUGAGGACAUGGCUGAGGAAGGAGAGAGUAAGAAAAGCGAAGAAAAACUAGGACGUCUUAAUUUCAAGCUGGAAUACGACUUCAAUUCUAACAGUCUCAGCGUGACAGCGAUCCAGUGUGAGGAACUACCAGCGCUGGACAUGGGUGGUACCAGUGAUCCUUAUGUCAAGCAGGUCCCCUACGCCGACAUCAUGUCUAAGACUCUGGUCUUCGGGAUCUACGACUUCGAUCGGUUCUCCAAGCACGACCAGAUCGGCGAGGUGAAGAUCCCGCUGUGUCAGGUGGACCUGGCGCAGACUAUUGAAGAGUGGAGGGACCUGGUGUCUGUGGAGGGUGACGGUGGUCAGGAAAACAAGCUGGGAGACAUCUGCUUCUCUCUGCGCUACGUACCCACGGCCGGCAAGCUCACCGUAGUCAUCCUCGAGGCCAAGAACCUGAAGAAGAUGGAUGUUGGUGGAUUAUCAGAUCCCUACGUCAAGAUCUGUCUCAUCCAGAAUGGGAAACGUCUUAAGAAAAAGAAAACAAGCAUUAAGAAGUGUACCCUCAACCCUUACUAUAAUGAAUCCUUCUCAUUUGAAAUCCCCUUCGAACAAAUCCAGAAAGUGAACUUGCAAGUGACGGUGGUGGAUUAUGACAGGAUCGGCACUUCUGAGCCGAUUGGUCGGUGCGUGCUGGGUAUGAAUGCUUCUGGCACUGAGCUCCGUCACUGGUCGGACAUGUUGGCCUCCCCACGCCGACCUAUCGCUCAGUGGCACACACUCAAGGACCCGGAGGAGGCAGAUGCCAUACUCACGCAGAAGUAGAGAGUUGGUCGGCAGCGGAAGCCAGAAGGAACGCAAGAUGGCCACUACCAAGCCCAGAAGACUGAGCCAACGCUUCAAAUACAUACGGACAUAAACAUAACGAUACACUGCUGGGUUCUACAAAACAGGACCGAAUUCCUCACUUUUUUUUAUAGUGAACUGUGGUUCUUGGUCAAUUUCCCCCUGUUAUUAGACCAGAUUAUUGUUGUAUAAAAGCCCUUUAAUGAUAUUUGCUACAACAUUUUGUGUGUUAAGAUUAUCUGCUGUUUAUGUAGUUAAGAUGAAGAGAAAGGUACAGUUAUCUUGCUCAGUGCUAACACUGAACUUGAGUACAUUGUAUAAAGAUAUAUAGCACAUUUUAUUUCUUGGGUUAUACAGUCCAAAGAUCAUUUCUUUUAAAGUGAACCAUUUUAGGAGCUUGAUAGGAAUUCGGUCGGCCGCCAUCUUGCGAGUUGAUGAUAAUAAACGUUUGUAGGACUGAAAAAACAACGUUAAAUUUCCAAUAAAUUACUAAUUUCCUGUGAAAGGACUGGUCAGCUAUGAUGUACAGAAUAACUCCAGUGUAAAUGACCAGAACUUCAGCCACAAGAAAAUCCUCAGAGAAAAUCAAAGUCUUUCCUAAAAUAUUUCUGGACGUGGCUCGUCUGGUUGCAUCAUUCUUAGGCAUAUACUGUAUAUAUAUAUAGCAUUUCAGAAACUUGAUGUGUACUUUUUAAGAAAACUUACCUAGACUUAUAUUUUUAACAGAUUGAAAUAAUCUUGUGAAAGUGAUUUAGUUAAAGAUUUAAAAUAGAUUAACUCGACCUUUACAAGGAAACCAAAUCUGUAAGUAUAUAUACAAAAUUUUGUGUUAUGAAGUAUUAGUCUUGGGGAGGCUGUGGUCAGGUAGAGCUGCGUCUCUUUUCUUCUGCUGAGGUUUUCACACUUAGGUCUCUCUAUAGAACAUAUAUCGUAAAAUUCUACAAUCUUUCUGGUGUACCAAUAUCAAUCUAUCGCCUUUCUCACUCCCAAGACUCUCUAUGGUGUAGCUGGGGACGAGGCUAGUUCCUAGACCCACCUGCCUAGCUAUCCACCUAGUUAUGCUAUCCAUAGUGUUAAUGACUCGGCUUGUUGUAAGCCCAGGCUAACUAGUAAACCAACUAGUUAUAAAGUCAAAAUUACAAAUGAAUCAUCUGGCAAGCCUAGGCUAACUAGAGAACUAGUUAUAAGGUCCAUAUUGCAAAUGAAUCAGUUGUAAGCUCAAGAUGACUAGUGAACCAGCUAGUUGUAAAGCUCACCUAGCUAGUAACCAGUUGUACCAGGCUGACUAGUUUCACCGGUCAAGAACACAGGCUGCUAUCAUGAGACGGAGGGUCGAGUGUUCACCAUUCCUCCCUCUGGCUGACCCAUACACGUGGACUCGGCACUUACCCAUAAAAAAUUAGUAAGGAGAGGCUGACUAGUGGAACGUAACUAGCGCUGGCUGUUGGGGUUGAGAACUAGCGAGACAAAGCUCGCUGCUUGUAGAGUCCUCUUGCGGAUGUGUUUUGUUGACUAGUGGAGGCAGUAGAUGUUGUUUGUUAUAAGUGGGGAUCUGACUAGUAGUGUUCUUUGACGCACGUCAUCUGUGAUGUACGUUGUCUUUGUGUACACAUCUUGAUAUGUCGUCUGUGUUUACAUCUUGAUACGUCGCUUCUAUGUGCACCUUGAUAUGUCGUCUCUAUGUGCAUCUUGAUACGUCGUCUCUGCGCAUCUUGAUACAUCGUCUCUAUGUGCAUCUUGAUACGUCGUUUCUAUGUGCAUCUUGAUACGUCAUCUCUGUGUGUGUACACCUUGAUACGUCAUAUUUGUGUGUGUGUACAUCUUGACACGUCUGUGUGUACUUCUUGAUACGUCGUGUCCAUAUGUGCAUCUUGACACGUCAUCUGUGUGUACACCAUGAUGUACUGUACGUCGUCUCUGUGUGUACAUCUUGUCACGCCAUCUCUGGUGUGCGCAUCCUGGAUUUAACCAAAGGUUAAAAAUAAGAUUAUAUGGAGGUUAACCUUAGCUGGUUUAACACAAUAUUAUAUCCGGGCAAACUCUGCCUGGUCCAGUCAGAUUUUGCCCCAAAAAUGGAUAUAUACAAAUAUUUCAAAUAGUUUCUGGUCUGUACUCGCCUUAGGAGAAAUAAAGGUAUUUCGAUGGGAAUGUCCUUUAUAAAGAGUAAAGGGGU